AUGCCAUAUAACACACGACGAAAGUCGUUAUCAUUGCCAUCGCUAGGAAUUCAUCUUCCAGUAACGCAUGCUGCUCGUGCUGCUGCUCGACUUUCACCGCCUAUACCCGGUACAAUCGCUGAGAAUCCCCCGAUUAAAAAAAUAAAACGGUCGCAUGAAGAAUCGCCGUCAAUGUCUCCUCCUCCAAAACGAACAACACCAAAAUACGAAAAUACUCCUCCGCCAUCUCCUGGAGCCGAAACACCCGAAUUAGAUAGCGAGACAAAGCCAAGAGAGAUUGACCUAGAGUCAAUACACGAUGAGAUUGUCGAGGGUGUGGUUGUGCAGUUACAGAAAACAGGCAACAGGCCUCACUUAGUGAAGGAACUUGCAGCGAUACUGUCGCAGAAGGUCAAAAUCGUAGAACAAUCCGCUAAUCCUUCUGCGAUAAUCUCGUCGCGACUUUCAACAUAUCUCAAACGAUCAUGGUCUGUAUCAUCGCCUUGCCCUGUGGCGAAAGAGCUAGAAACAGUCCAUCCAAGAAGAACGUACUUUUAUUUAACAACAUGUCCACACCAACCAAUGCCCGAUCCAUCGAACGUACAUUUCCUUCAGCGAUCCAUAAUUACACCCUCUUUGUCUAGUGCUUCAAGAUCCGACGAAGCUGACGCGGAACGAAGGAGAGAACUGUCACCUUCCCCUGAAGUCGACUUAUCAUCACCCGAACUUGAAGGCGAUGAUAUGUCGCCACCAACUUCAAUAGGGUCUUUCACUUCCCGCAUGGAAUCUAGUAUUCGAAACAGUCGCGCUUCAUCUCCACCACUUGAGAAAGAUGAGAAAGAGUUCACCCAGACGGCUCGAGGAAUGCAGAAACGGAAACUUAGUGGCGAUACGCGUAUGAGUGGCGUUCCAUCAGAUAUGGCCGACCAUCCUGUCAGAAGCUCGGAAACACACCCAGAUGCGUUGUUUGGAGAAGGACGACAUCUAGCCAUUCCACAUAGCGGUCUGUUUGUGAGCAGUCCGGCCAUGAAGCCAAGCUUGUCGCUCAACACAUUGAAACGAGGAUUCGACGAGACAGAACUAUGGGCACGAGUGGAAGGCGCCAUGGAAUGGGACAUGAGAAGUCCUGAGAAUAUAGAAUUGGAAGAACUAGACGGGAUGUUGGACGAUUUUUAA